CUGAAAACGUAGAGAAUUGCCUAUUAGAAGUGAGAACUCAAUCUCUCUCUCACUCUCUCUGUCGCGCGAACUAAAGGGAAAAUUGCAGAAACUCCAGAACUCUAGCUUCACGUCCACGAAUCCAUCGCCACACGGCACUCCUUCGCUCUGACUCCACCAUUAACAGGGAGGACAAUGGAGAUUGCGCUUUAGUCGUAGUUUCGAAAGGAGCUGUGGUCUCUGUACUUGCUGCUGCUAGCUGUUCCCCGCUGCCGGUUUGCGAAAUCUCAAACUCUUUUUUCAAGUUCGGUGCAAUGGAGGAGACGUCGUUUCUCAACAAGAUAAUGCUGAAUCUUCGUGCAACCUGCAGGUACUAUACUGGCUUCCCAAAGGAUCUUGGACCAUCAAGAGUUAUUCAUUUCACUUCAGAGCGUGAGUUUGUGCAGCUCCUCCAUCAAGGUCACCCUAUCGUGGUUGCAUUUACAAUCAAGUGUAACCUCACCAAACAUCUUGACAAAGUACUCGAGGAAGCUGCUGCAGAGUUUGAUCCACAUGUUAAAUUUAUGCGUGUAGAGUGCCCGAAGUAUCCUGGAUUUUGCAUUACACGCCAGAAGAAGGAAUAUCCCUUCAUAGAAAUAUUUCACAGCCCAGAACAGGCAGCUAAUCAAGGAAAGGCUAUUGAUCCAAAUAUCACAAAAUACUCUGUGAGAGUUUUACCAUUCAACUAUGACCUCAGUGCUUAUGGAUUCAGAGAAUUUUUUAAGCGCCAUGGCAUUCGCUCGUCUGACCCAACUUUCAACAAAUGAUUCACCAUCGACACACACUGAAUAGGAAGACAGCUGCCUCAAUAUCAAUAUAUAUCUGCAGGUUUGUAUAUGUUAUGUUAUUUUAGGGAGUAUGUUGAGAAGACUUUAAUUCAAUAUAUCAUCGAACACCAAGAAUUUAGGUAGGAGUUGAAACUAGAAGAUACUACAGGAUCUGUAUGAGGUUUUCCCAAUGAAUUCCUUCUGAAUUGGGGAGUGUAAAUUCCGACCGGUUGUCUUUCUUUGUUGGAUUUAUCCGUUAAGUUUAUUUUAUCAUGUUUGUUCGUA